AUCACAAUGAACCACCAAGAAUCUCAUGUUUACGUACCGCAAGAGCUUCCAAUGAAACAUCUUUUGUAUCAGACAAACUUGCAUCAGUCUAUGACGUAAUCUUGACCAGCUAUAUUUAGAGGUACCAACCAUUAACCGUCACACCCAGAUCUGACGAUCGCAAAAUCUUAACUUGACGACAUUCGAGAUGGCUGAAGAAAAGAAAAUCCCUGUUACUAAUGAGGGCAUGGGAAAGCCUCUUUCGGCGAAGAACCAGGUCCUCACUGCUGGUGCUGCUGUGACGCAGGAGUUUCGACCGGUGAAGCAUAUCUGCGCUCAUCUCAACGCCUUUCACGCAUACGCCGAUGAUCCCUCUCGCUUUGUUGAAACAAACCACUACUGCGCCCAUCUAAACGAGGACGUCCGCCAAUGUCUCCUCUACGACUCCGACGAGCCCAACGCGCGCCUCAUCGGUAUAGAAUACAUGAUAACCCCCAAACUCUACGAAACCCUCGACAAAGAAGAGCGCAAGCUCUGGCACUCGCACGUCUACGAAGUGAAAUCCGGGAUGCUCAUAAUGCCGAACCGCGCGGUGCCCGAGAGCGCAUGGCAGGUCGCUGAGAACUACGAGAUGGAUCAGGUUGUACAUUUAUAUGGAAAGGUGUAUCAUUUGUGGCAGACGGAUCGCGGUGAUACGCUGCCGUUGGGGGAGCCGAAGCUCAUGACGAGUUUUACGGCGGAUGGGCAGUUUGACUUUGAGAAGCAUGUUGGGGAGAGGGAUAGGAAGUUCGGGACGGAUUGGAGGGUUAAGAAGGAGGCGAGGAAGGAUAUUCCUAGUCUGGUUGUUCAUGAGGAUGCGGAUCAGGCGUGGAAGAACAAAUGAAGCGUGUAGUUCAUAAAAUGGAGCUGAGUGAAAGCAUGGGAGGCAGUCACGACAUAAUGAGUUGAGAGGUUCAGAACACGAAAACAUAGCCGGCGGAGCGGUUUAGUGUGAUCAAAGAGUAAUGAUAGUUAGGCGACCAUACCGUCUAUCAUACCGGGUAUCAUCUAUUAAUUGAGUGUAACCUCAUUGCAAGCUACGUGCCCCAUGUCUCCGUCAACAAGCGGGAAGUGGGCAGUCCUCAAUACCACCCGCGCGGCCUCUUCUUGUGGACAUUCUACUUCCCAACCGUAACCUUCUGCGGCAACUGCUGAACCCCCUGCAUCGGCUGCAUAACCCUGGUAUCGUGAACCUUGCGAUCAAUACCCCGGAACUCGAAAACCCCGUCGAGCUCUCUACGCACAGCGAGCAGUUGAUCCUGGGCCUUGCGAAUCUCGUCCGGUUUGUUAUCCUGGACGACAUGCGCCUUGACCUGAAGGAACCAUCGCUUCUGCUGAUCGACGGGUAUGAGGGAUUCCCAGGGCGGUAGAGUGUCCAUUGGGAUGGUUGCUUGCUGUUUUGUUUCCAUGGGGGUGUAGUGCUCUAGAGGUUGGAGGAAGUAGUGGCGUGUUAGACAGAACUCGAUGUCAUCUCUGUAGAAGCGGUAGACUUCCUCGAUUGUUUCCGUCUUGAAACUGCGCUGUGUCAGU